GCUGACCAAGGGGAGGGGCGGGCGCUGGGUCUUUCAGUGGGAAUGAAGGGCGUUGGGAUUUGUAUUUUAAAUAGAAAUAAACAACUGUUCUCACUGCACGGAGCAAACUGCCACCGCCUGCAUUGCCGACUGACACUGUGACAGGGUUGUGGGCGCCGGGUUGGGGGUGGUAGACACUCGACGGUGCAGGCAGCUGCCCGGCCACCGCAGGGUGCAGGACCCGGUGACCUCUGGCCGUGAGCUAGCAGCGACCUGAUGGAGCGAGUGGUCGCCCACUCCGGCCCGCUGCUUGCCCGGGGCGCCGCGCUCGGCUGGCACCUGCUACAGCGGCGGGCCCUUGGCAGCCGGGCCCAGCGGCAGCUACUAGGCCGCAUCAUCCGGGUGGAUCAGGCGGGCGAGUUCGGCGCCAUCCGCAUCUACGCGGGUCAGAUGGCCGUGCUGGGCGGCACCGCGGUCGGGCCGCUCAUACAGCAAAUGUGGGAUCAAGAAAAGGAGCAUCUGAAGAAAUUCAAUGAACUGAUUGUUGAUCACAGAGUUCGACCAACCCUGCUGAUGCCGAUCUGGAACAUUGCAGGCUUCAUGUUGGGAGCUGGAACAGCUCUUUUAGGGAAAGAGAGUGCCAUGGCCUGUACUGUAGCAGUGGAGGAAACAAUAUCACAGCAUUAUAACAAUCAGAUCAGGGUGUUAAUGGAAGAUGAUCCAGAAAGACACAAAGAUUUACUUGAAGUGUUGAGGAAAUUCCGAGAUGAAGAGGUGGAACAUCAUGACACAGGACUGGCUCACGGGGCAGAAAUGGCACCUGCCUAUUCGCUAUUGAAGAAUGUAAUACAAGUUGGAUGCAAGGCUGCCAUCUACAUAUCUGAACGCAUUUAACACUUCCCCCACAGGAUCAAUGAUUUUCUGUACAGUCUAAUAUAGAUUGUCAUACAUAAUAAAACAGUUUAAUGUCAACUGACUGACAUUAAUCCUGCAGUUUAUUUCACUCAUGGAAGUGAAUGUGUCUAUAUGUGCAGGCUUUAUUCUUGGUGGUUACUGCCAUCUGAUGAUUCAUCGCAUUUGCAUAAAUGCCCCUUGCUGCUUAAAUAUUGAGGACAUAUCCAUUUGGUCAAUUCACCGCAGCUCCAGAAAUGGUUGACUGAAUGUUCUGAUGAGAUGUGUAUGUAUUCUCACAGAAUCAGCUGUAGAAUUCCCCAGUGUUUGGUCAUUAAUCAUUCUGAGGUCCUGCUCAGCAAGUUAAUACAAGCUGGGCAGUGGGUCAGAGAAGGAAAAACUGAUCAAGAGUUUUUAACCACUACUUUAAUCUCAGGUCAUGAUUUCAGAGAUAGCUAUCAGUUUGCUUGUCCAUACUGAGUGCCGGGAUUUAAGUGAACAAUAGUUAUUUACGAGAAAAUCAGGAAGCCAUACCUGAAUCAAUUCUGUAUCUUUUAUACAGCAGUGGAGUAUAUUACAGAUGAUAAAGGGGAGCUCGGCUAAUUUUAAUUUACAUUUCAAAGGAUCAUUAACAAUUAACAAUGAACAAUUGCAACAAAAUAAUAUUGUGUGUGGCCAAGAGGUAAAUCUUUAACUAAUUAUUUAAUAUGUUAUUGUGUCUUUUGGAAAAUGUAGUUAUUAAAAUAUUAAAAUACACCUCCACUUAACUUCAAGUAGUUUAAAGUAUGUCCAUGUAAUUCCGAGCUGUAGCUGCCGGGGGCAGUAUACAAUAAAUUGAACAGAGGUUCGUUCUCUACCCUGUA